AAUGACAGAUAAACUAUAGUCAAUAGGUAACAUAGUCUUAGAUUUUAGGAAACAGAGAAGAACAAUUAGUAAAUACAGAUAAUAGAGCUGAAUUUUCAUUAGGAAAAUUUACACCAAUAGAACUAGCUUGGGAUAAACUUAUUAUAAAUGCCACCAUAAAAGUUGGAAAUGUAAUUCCUAUAUAUAUAUUUAAGACUUCAACAGAGAAAUGCUUGCUUAAUAAUCUUCAAGGAGUGAUGAAACCUGCUCAUUUUACUGCUAUUUUAGGUCCAUCAGGAUCAGGAAAAACUACUUUAUUAAACUUUUUGUCAGGUCGUUUAAUAUCUGACAAUCUAAAAAUAUCAGGAGAACUAUCUUUGAAUGGGAAAAGAAUUAAUGAUAUUGAUAAAUUUAAUGAUUAAAUGGCUUAUGUCAUGCAAGAUGAUAUUUUAUUAGCCACUUUCUCUCCUAGAGGUAUAAGAUAAUCUAAUUAUUUUAGAGGCAUUUUAUUUUUCAGCUAAUAUGAGAUUAACAAUAAGUGCAGAGGAAAAAGCAUAAAGAGUAGAAGCUUUGAUCAGAGAAUUAGGAAUAACUAAAUGUGCAGAUACUAGAGUGGGAAAUACAUAAAUUAGAGGAGUAUCAGGAGGUGAAAGAAAGAGAGCUAGUAUAGGCGUAGAAUUAUUAACAAAUCCAAGUCUCAUUUUUUUAGAUGAACCUACUACUGGUUUAGAUUCCUCUACUGCCUUACAAGUGAUUGAUCUAUUAAAGAGAUUGGCCAAAAAUGGUCGUACUAUAGUAAGUACUAUCCAUUAACCUUCAUCUGAAAUCUUUAAUAAUUUUGAUAGACUUAUGCUUUUAGUUAGAGGAAAUAUUAUUUAUUAAGGAGAUGCAGAAUAAGCUAUUGAUUAUUUUGCUACUAUGGGAUAUUCAUGUCCUAAUUUUUCUAAUCCUUCAGAUUACUUUAUGAAAUUAAUGAAUGAAGAAGGACUAUUAGUAGAAAAGAUACAAGCAGGAGAAUCUGAUGAUUUUGAUGAUGCUUAAAUAAAGGCUGAAUUUGAAUAGAGAUUAGAAGGAUUUAUUCAAAAUUAUAAAAAUUCAAAUAUGAUUAAAGAUUUAGAUACUCAUGAAACUGCAUUAAUUAAAGAAAAUGAUGAUGGAUUUCACAUUGGAUUCAUUUAAUAAUUUGUCCUUAUUUAUUAAAGAUCAUUUUUAAAUGAAAUUAGAAAUCCAAUGGAUGUAAAAUUGAAAAUAUUUUAAUCUAUUGUAAAUGCCAUUAUGUUAAUGCUCGUUUAUUCAGAUGUAUAAUAAAUUAAAUAUAUUUUUAGUUGGGUAAAUAUAAUGAAGGAUUGUAAAAUAGAUUUGGAGCUUUGUUCUUUAUUUGUACAGCUAAUGCAUUUGGAGGAAUUUAAGGAGCUUUACAUACAUUUUCAAUGGAAAGACCAUUAUUUUUAAGAGAAAGAAUAAACAAAACUUAUAGUGUUCAUUCAUUCUUUUGGGCAAGAUCACUUGCUGAAUUUCCAUUCCAAAUAGUUUACCCUUCUCUUUGUGUUAUAAUAGUUUACUAUGUUAUUGGAUUAAGUGAUGAUAAUGUAGGCAAAUUCUUUAUGCUAAUUUUCAUCUAAUUCUUAACAUAUUAAUAUGCAGUUUCAUAUGGAUUACUUUUAUCAACCAUCAUACCAAAGAUUGAAGUAGCUACAGCAUUAGUCCCUGCAUUAGUUAUUCCAUUUAUGAUUUUGGGAGGAUUCUUUGUUAACUAAGAUAAUAUUCCUUAUAUAUUCUAUCCUUUCACAUAUUUAUCAAUGUUCAAGUAUGGAUUUGAGGCAUCUGUCAUUGUAAUAAAUUUAAUGUUAUUUUUAGAAUGAAUUUGAUGAUGUAAACUAUGAAUGUUUACCAGGAUAACCAUGUGAUCCAGUUGAAAUGCUAUCUAUAACAUUAACAAAAUGGGAAUGUUGCUAUAUAUUAAUUGGAUUAGCUAUAGGAAUCAGAAUGUUUGCCUAUUUAGCACUUCAUUUAAUAUCCAGUCCAGAAAAACCAAAAUUAUAACCUCCUGAAAGCAUGUAAAUAAAUAACAAACCAAAAUGAC